AUAAUCAUUAGAACCACAUUCAUUGUCAUCUUAUCUUCCACUUUUCUUCUCACCGAGAAGUGUCGGAGCAACUCAAAAAUGGCCUCUUUCGCCCUCUCCUCAGUCUCCCUCAUCUCCCCCACCACUUCCUCCUCCUCUCUCCCUUUUCCUCCCAAAACCCUAAUAAACCUUCCCUCUCGCCACCGCCCCCAUCUCCGCCUCACCCCCAUCUCAGCCGCCACCAAAAUCGAAGAUCUCGGGACCCAAAUCGAAAACCUAACUCUAGCCGAAGCCAAAAGCCUCGUCGAUCUCCUCCAAGAGCGCCUCGGAGUCUCAGCCGCGGCCUUCGCAGCCCCGGCCGUUGCGUUUCCCUCUAGCCUCGCCGGCGCCUCCGACGCCGCUGCUCCAGCCGCCGUGGAAGAAAAGACGGAGUUUGAUGUUAUCAUCGAGGAGGUGCCGAGUAAUGCAAGGAUUGCGACCAUCAAGGUUGUGAGGGCGCUUACCAGCCUUGCACUUAAGGAGGCGAAGGAGCUCAUUGAGGGCCUUCCGAAGAAGUUUAAGGAGGCAGUGAGUAAGGAUGAAGCAGAGGAUGCAAAGAAGAAGCUCGAGGAGGUUGGUGCUAAGGUGUCCAUUGCUUAGAGCUGCCAUUUUUGGUGAAUUGAAAAUGCCUGAUCAUUCAUGGCAAGUUUGACAUUUGUUUUAAAUAUAUAUAUAUGAACUGAUUUUAUUGAAUUACUUGCUUUGAUCUGUAGUUUAUUAGUACUAAAUUUUUCCGUGUGCUUCUCCUGCUGUUUCAGAUUCUGCGGAGGUAAAUUUCUGUAAUCUGA